AUGCAGUUUUCCAGCAAGUCCAGCACCUACACCAAACAUUGCGGAAUCAUAUCACUUAACAACAGAUACAUUAUUACACCCAUUGACACUGGCAUCGAUGGUAGAUUUAUACUAGCACACGUACAUUAUGCGACGGAAGAGGAACCAAACUCCUCCAACUCCAUAGCCACAAUACUCAACAUAUACGGAAAAGCAGCAUCAAGAAAAGACAACGUGGGAUUCUACACGGAAUUGAUGCAACACAGAUUUUUGAUACACAAGAUUACAACUAUUCAGAACAACAUGAUUAUUUUGGGAGAUUUCAACUACAAAUAUGAGUCUCGUUGA